UUGAAGUUUCUUGUAGGCUUACUGUGGUGGCUUUUUCUCUUUCCUGGGGCAUGGGAGUUGCCUGGGGUCCAAGUCAACACUAAUAAGGAAAAGCCUUUUGUAAAAACAAGCUUUUGAGUGAGUGUAAAUAACCCCCAGCGUGGGUCGACAGCAGCGCUUGGCUCUGUAUCUGCAUUUGAAUGGGAGGCAGCACCGUCAAGCUAAAGCGUAAACAGUCCUUAUCACAACACCGCUGUGCAUGGUUUGGUUGGUAAAUCUUUAUCUGCUCUGCCGAGAGAAUCUCGCAUGUUGUCUUCAAGAUAGGUCGAGGUAAAUGUUAGUUAGAGGACUUUACGGGCUUGCCAACUGUUUACGCGCUCUGGUGCAGGCCAGGGGAGAGGCUUAUAGGCUGCUGGAGGUUUCUGUGGGGAGAAGAAGGGAGCCAGACAGGCGACAGUCAGCGCUGUCUUGGCCUCAGGGCAGAGGCAGAGAGCGAGCAGGCGAGCCAAUGAGAAGGAGACAUUCACUCCCCUCUGUCCUGCCCGGCUUGGCUCCUCUCGGCGCGCCCUGUAAUUACGAGCUCUCGUUGGGUUGGGCGCCGCCACGGUGGACAGCCCUGCUGCUGCGUCAAGGGAGUUUGGGAACGCCAGCUCCAGACAGCGAGGAUUCCUGAACACUUCUGGGUUUAGAGUGCAGAGCAAAUCACUAAAACGCUUGAGAAUGAACGGGCAACCCUCACCUGCCUUCGAGGAGAAGAAGCCUUGCCUCCCCGUGGCUGGGAGCUCCAUCUCGGCCGCCAAGGAUUCCCCGACCCUGCCGGAGUCCUCCUCCACAGACAUGGGCUUCUACAGCGGGCAGAGUGCGCUCCACGGCUCGCAGGAUUUCUACCCGGCGCAGCAGCCGUACUCUGCUCAACACAUGAACCCGUACGCGUACCACCACUAUAACUUCAACGGGAUGGCUCCUGGCGGUGCCUAUACUGUUGGCAAGGCAGAAUACCCGUACCCCCACGCAGCAUACAGAGAGCACGGUGCGUUCAGCAGGGAGGUACAGUCAGCGCUGCAGGACGGCGUGAAAGAAGAACCUGACAUGGAGGUUAGGAUGGUCAAUGGGAAGCCCAAGAAGGUGCGGAAACCCCGGACCAUCUACUCCAGUUACCAGCUAGCAGUCCUGCAGAGGAGAUUCCAGUCGGCACAGUACUUGGCCCUGCCGGAGCGCGCCGAGCUGGCUGCACAGCUGGGCCUCACGCAGACACAGGUCAAAAUCUGGUUCCAGAACCGUCGCUCCAAGUUCAAGAAGCUCUACAAAAACGGAGAGUUUCCACUCGGGGAUAUUCCUCUUGAACACAGUCCAGACGCCAGCGAUUCCAUGGCGUGCAACUCUCCUCCAUCCCCAGCUGUGUGGGAAAACAACCACGGCAACAGUAACAACAACAGCAGCACCAGCACCAACAACACAAACAGCAGCAGCAGCGGCAUCAAGAGUAAUGCAAUGAUGGAUCCUACCAGCAGGGGGCAGGGUCCCUAUCAGCCUCCAGGUGAUUCCUCACCCGCCUGCAUGGCAGACUACACACACCAGAACUGGUACCAGCAGCAGGGUGCAAAUUUAGGUCUGCAACAGUCGGGCCCGACGCACCACACACCAUCAACAGGACCGCCAGCCACACAGAGUAUGGGAGCCGUAUACUGAUGUUAAACCAGGAACUGGAGCCCUGCGCUUAAACACCAGGGGGAGUUUUUGGAUUAUUCGGAGUGCUGUUGUGACCAAAAAACACCUGACAGUGAUCACCAGACACGAGUCAUGACUGUAAAACCUGAAACACAUGUUGUAAAACAGGCGUUACUACAGUAAAUGUGGACUGAAAA